AUGUUUGCCCUCUUGCGAUGGAUCCGAAAGCUGCAAGUAUACUGUCGUCUUCUUAAGGACCCAAAGACACGAGGAGACGAUCGACGGACUCAGGCAAAACAGGAGCAGCAACAGGCUGAAAUGCUCCUGGAGCAGCAACAGGCUCAAAUACUCCUGGAGCAGCAACAGGCUCAAAUACUCCUGGAGCAGCAACAGGCUGAAAUGCUCCUGGAGCAGCAACAGGCUCAAAUACUCCUGGAGCAGCAACAGGCUCAAAUGCUCGAACUGCAGCGCACCAUGGAUCCGCUAGUAGCGGCACAAGUCUAUAACAAUCGUUACAGUCCCCUUGCCCGGCUGCCAGAAGAGCUUCUACUUCUUAUACUCGAGUCUCUUAGCGAUGAUGCUCCUACCCUGCACUGCCUCCGUAUCGUUUCGAGGACGUUUUUUCGUCUUAUUUACCAACCACGUAUUUGGAGGCACAUAGUUCAUACUUACCAGAUUGAUUUUCACCCGCCAUGGCCACUUAUUCUCCACUCUGACAUGGCGGGUCGGCUUAGACUGCUCUUAGAAAGAGACGGGCAGUGCGACAACUGCAGACGUUGGAGCGAGGCCCAUCCUCGAGCAAAUUGGAUGCAACCUGGCCUGGGAAACAAAUGCAAGUUCAGGCCUCCCGAGUUCAAUCAGUAUCGCAGCAUAUACGACAGCCCUAAGUGCCUUGACAGCCCUAAGUGCCUUGACUGCCAUGCCUGCGGCAGUCUGCACAGUAUUCACCAGUUCUCCUCUUUCUACCGGCAGGAUGGACGACAGGAGCGACAGUGUCUGGGUCACCAAGGAUCCGUGAAGCUGUGCGAGCAUGUGCAAAUCAAUUGGGCUAGCAUUAGGGGCCAUAUCAGCGACUGGCAGCAGCGCAGGCCUGGAGACUGGCAGGCCUGCCUCGACAGUUUUAGCAUCGAGUGCCAUGAUCCAAGUCACGACAUGCGCUGCACGGCCGAGGAGGCCCCGACCUGGCCACGAGCCCGUCUGCGGAUCGUGUCUAUCUCUAACCCGGACCUUGUGGUUCUUAGUCUAGAGUGGGCACCCCAUAGCGGUCUUGAUGCUCUUACUGCUACCGCAGACGCGCGGCUACCUGCGUCAGACCUAAGAGCGCUUUUCCGGAAGUUUCGACAAGGGCCUGCUGGCUUCCUGUUCCCUUCAAACCGCCCAGGUCAUUUCCCCGAGCUAAUGUGUUUUUACCGCGUCGACGGAUCCGGGCAUUUCGUUCAUUACGAGACGGGAGAUAACAAGAAACCGCCGAGUCCUACGAUUAAAACCCCAAUUUCCCAAUCGCCCCUCAGAUUCGCAUUGAAUCGCCGUUAUUACAGCAGAUGCUAUGGGUUAGGGCAAAAUGGCCAAAAAGCAGUCAUCGAGAUUCAUUGCCCUCGGGGUAUUAGUAAAUCUAGUAACUCGACAUGUCUAAUAGUUACCUACCAGUGCGAUAUUCUAGUCUGUAAAACGACUGACCGUACCAAGAUUAACCCUACCCAUGAGUGGCUCCACGCCAUGGAUCCCGACACAUACCCUCACCCGCAAGCAAGCCACGUCAGGCCUCUGUGCAGGGACGAAACUUGCAUGAACUAUUAUCAGACGCGAAGGGCAUCUCCUCUUUGCACAAAUUACACUUACCCUCAGACGUAA